UCCCACAAGCCCCUGCGCGGCCGCGGCCAAGAUGGCGGCGCUGGGAGGCGGCGGGACGCCAUGGCGGCGGGCCUGGCUGCCCACCCUGCAGCUCCUCCGGCGCGGCUCCAAGGCGGUGACGCGGCACUGGAAGGCGAUGCACUUGCAGCGGCAGAAGCUGCUGGCCGUGACCGAGUACGUGCCCCCGCGGCCGGCCGUGCCCCCGCGCUGCCUGCCCCGCCACACGCCCCAGGGACACGAGGAGGACGGCCACGCGCGGGUGCUGCGGCGCCGCGUGGAGGAGGCUCUGCGGGGCAGCCGCAUGGUGGCCGUGUGCCAGUACAACUCCAUGCCGGACGAGGACAUGGUGACGCUGCGGCACUACCUGCGCAAGCACCACAUCCACGUCCAGUUCGUCCUCAACGAGGUUGUCCGGCCGGUGCUGGCGCACUCCAAGUACCGGAAUCUCCUGCCGCUCUUCGUGUGCCGGAACAUCCUGCUGGUGAGCCCGGAGACGCGGGCCAGGGAGAUGCUGCGGGUGCUCAGGGGAGUGCCACAGGUCAACCUGCUGGGCGCCUGCAUCGACGACACGAUCCUGAGCCGGCACGGAGUGGAGAACUUCGCCCGGCUGCCGCCCCUGGAGGUGUCCCAGGGACAGACAGUGGCAGCCCUGUCCGUGCUGUCCUCCCAAACCUCCUCCCUGCUCCAGCGGGGUCCUGCUCACCUCACGGCGCUCCUGGAUGAGCACAUCCGACGGCUCCGGGAUGCGGGGGGGCCCACGGAGCCUCCCCUGGGCCAGAGCACUGGGAAUCACUGACGCUGGAAUCUGGGAAGCGGCUCAUUCCCUGGCUGUGGCACACGGGGAGCCCCCAGGAUAAGGGAUUGGGGGAUCAUGGACACAAUUCCCAUGGAAUCAACUCCAUCCCCAGCUCCAGAGAGGGGGCCAGGGACGGGAGGUUUGACACUGAGGGUCCUGCGGCCCCCCCCAGCCCCAGCAGGGAGCCCUGGCCCUUCCCUUGUGCUCCCUUGGGAGCAUCCCAGCAGCAUUCCAGCUGCGAUCAGGGAUCUCUGGGAUCAGCCAGAGAAGGAGGAGGAGCGCGGGAUGGACCCUCCCGGGGGGGGAUUUUGGGCACUCCAAGCCCCGUGCCUUCGGAAUGGGGGUGCACUGGAACACUGAUCCCAUCCGUGGGAUCGCCGUCGCGUCCAUUAAAGUCUCUGUGUGGA